AUGUCAACAAGAGUGGACCCUUUGCUUGCAGCACUUAUCUCUACCCUUCGAGAGUUACCAGUCCACGAAAGGGAAAAGAUAAUACUGAGGGAAAGGCGCAAGAUGGUCUCCUCAGCCGAGACAGAGCCCCAUAUAAGGCAUUCCAACGUACUGAAAUCGAUAUACAUGAAGAUGCUUUCCUAUAAAGUUAACGAAAUCGACUUUUUGAAUGCAUGCGAGUCAAAUGUGCCAAGGAUAAAGAGUGCUGGAUAUCUUGGACUGAUGGCAAUGGAAAGCGACGAAUAUGUCAUUAUGGCAGUGAAUACGAUUAUGAAGGACUUGGGAAGGAAGGAAACAAGAAAUGACGCACUGACUUCUAUCUGCAAUCUCAACAACGACAGCAUGGCCCUUGCCAACCUUACAGGACACAUUUGUCCCAACGGCCGAGGGGAUCCAUUCUACAAGAAGGCCUUAGUGGCGUUUUCUAGGCUGAAUCCCGAUGCCAGGAUCUCUGUUGUGGGGCAGGACUCAUCUGAAAUCUAUGUUAAGUCUCAGAUCCUGGUGGACAUCUUUGGGAAGACAGGAAGGAUGGAUCUCACAGAAAACGACGUUCUGUUUCUUCUCUCGCUCUUCAUGAAAAGCGAUGAUCCUUUUCUUAAGGUUAAGCUCCUGCAGGUCUUUGGGAUACUCCAGUCAAAGAACCAACUGUCCCUGGACAAGGCCUUUCUUGAUUCCAUUGAUGCAGUGAUAAUCCCCUCGAAGGACAAGGUACGCCUGCAGAUAGAAAUAGCACUGGCCAUCGAGGCUGUUGAGUUUCUACUGAAGGCCGGGAAAAGCACGCCAAGAGCUGAGGCAUUUGUUCUUAGGCUUAUUGAGUCACAGAAUCCUAACUCGAGAUACUUUGGGUUCAAAAUGGUAAGAAAGUACAAAAUCCACAGGGACAUAGCCAUAGAUCGAUGUAUAAAGCUCGGACUCCACCACGAUCAGUGCCUCAAAACACUCACCUCGCUCAUAACAAGAAGCAACCACAGGGCAAUACACAAGAAAAAAGAAGAGAUGGUGUUCUACAUGGAAAAGGGGAAUGCGGACAAGCAGAUGGUGAAUGCAACAUUGGCCCUGGUGUUUUCGAGGCUUGUUCAGCAUGCAAAGGAUGAUCUUUUGGUCAAAAUGUACCAAGAGGUUCCGGAGAUAUGCCUGAAGACACCCUUUGAUAAGAACAUACCCAGAGGUUAUGUGCUAAAGCUGUUUAACAAAAUUUGUGUGACCGUCAACAGCAGAUACUUUCCGUUGAUAUACCAACUACUGCAGCCGUGGAUGGGAAACGACGAGUUUUACACCACGAUGUUUGAAAGGCACCUAAACAUCCUGUUGGCAAGAGGAAAGAGAGACUGUGAAAUCACCACCUUGAUGAAGCUACUUGACUGCAUGCUAAAUUUUGGAAUACCCAAUCGCAACCGUGAUAUACUCAUCUCAAGCUAUGGAGAGACUCUGAAGAAAGGAGGUUCUGAAGACAUACUUGACAUGUUGCUGAACACGGUGUACCUGCUCAACGUCAGGCUUGAGAGCCAAGCGAUUCAUGUUGCUUCGGAACACUUUAUUUACUUUACUUCGAUCGGGAAUCACAGCAUUGAGUUCAGAAUGGGCCCAGAACUCGAAAUAAAGUCUUUGGCUGGCAAAGACUUAAGGAUAGAAAAGGCAUAUAAAAGGUCCUCUGAUGGAGUCCAGAUCUUUGCAUAUCACAUCAAGAACCUUUCCAAGCUGAAUGUAAAGGUGUCUGUAGGCACCCAAACUCACACGCUUUUUUUGGAGAUAUGA